AUGAGCAAGCAAAAAGCAACAACUAUUGCUGUAUUGCCUGAAAGUCUUCGUCGAACUCUACAAGAUUUUCUUCUUAUUUGGCUUGGUGACAGUUUCGAUCAAUUACAAGAUCUACGACACAUAGCAACAUCAGUUAUACCAUUUUCAGAUGUUGGUGUAUGUGUUGAUUUUCUGACCGAUAUUAAAGAUGAAAAAGUCUUCAUGAUUGUUUCUGAUUCAUUGGGUCGGCAUAUUUUACCAGAAAUUUACGCGUGUCUACAAUUACAUUUCAUUUAUGUUCUCUGUUCCAAUCAGCCCAUUCAUGAAUCUUGGGUGAACACAGUUCCUAAGGUAAAAGGUCUAUACACACAAAUCGGAGAGAUUUGUACAGUAUUACAAAAAGAUCGUAAAAUAUGUGAACAAUCGAUGAUUUCGAUUAGUUAUCAUGGGGUUGAUGCGUUAUUUAUGUAUACACAGUUGUUAAAAGAAGCACUUUUGGAUAUCGACGAUGACAACGCAAAAUCAAUUAAAGAACUCGCUGAGUACUGUCGUGUUCAAAGUGAUUCUUCCGAAGCAACAAUUAAAAAGCUUGAGAAAGAAUACGGUAAUCAUUCACCCAUUUGGUGGUACACGGGUCCAUAUUUCAUCUAUUCUAUGCUUAAUCGUGGUCUUCGACUUCUGGAUGUCGACAUUAUCUUGAAAAUGGGCUUCUUCAUUCGUGAUUUACACCAUGAUAUUGAAAAGUUACAUCAAAAGCAACAACAAUCCGAUCUAAAAGUCACGAAGCCAUUCACAGUCUAUCGUGGACAAGGCUUAUCAAUUGAAAGUUUCAAUAAAAUGAAACAAACCACAGGAGGGCUUAUGUCCUUUAACAACUUUCUUUCAAAGAGCGAAAAUCGUAAGCUAUCCCUUGAUUUCGCUCAACUGGGAGCACUUGCUAGUUCCAAUAUGGUUGGUAUCCUCUUCAUUAUGACGAUUGAUCCAGCAAUAUGUUUAAAAUCAUCCAUUCCUUUCGUCAUCGUUAAAGAAGAAGGUUUCUACAAUGACGACGAAGCUGAAAUCCUUUUUACAACACAUACCAUAUUCAGAAUUGAUCAUAUCCAACCGAAUCAAGAUAACCACAGUGAUCAGUUAUGGCAAGUUAAUUUGACUCUUACAGGUAAUGAUGACCACGAAUUAAAGGAUGUCACAACUCACAUGCAAAAGGAGCUUGGUAAAACAAAAGGAUGUCGAGAUUAUGCAAAUCCAAUAUUACCACCAAGUGAAAAUUCUAAUGGACCUGUUUCAAUUGAUGCAAGAUAUUUAACAGAUAUUCCAAAUAUUUACGGUUCACCAAUAAUGACACUUACUGAAGCUCCAUUGAGAACACUUUCUGCAAUAAAUAAUGCUGCUAUUCAUCUUUCAACUUCAACAACAACCAUGUUAAAUGUAAGUUAA